AUGGCGGCGGUCAUGCCCGCGCUCCCGUGGUGCACGAAUUGCCAGGAGGAGGUCGAGGCGGAGACGAACGAGUCGAACGGCUUCACUUGCUGCACGCAAUGUGGUAAGAUUCUCGACGAUAACGUCUUCUCCACGGAUCCGACGUUCACGAAGACGGCCACGGGCGCGACGCAGGUCGACGGCAACUUCGUGAACGAGACCGGGAUCGGCCAGGGCGUGUCGCGAGGCACGCGCGGCGGCCGCCUCUUCGGCCUGCAGGUGGACUCGCACGAGAAGACGAUAAACAAGGGCAAGCACGAGAUCCAACAAGUCGCGGAUCGACUGGGAAUUCGCCCGCGAGAGGACAUAACCGGCGCCGCGCAUCGGUUAUACAAACUCGCCGUGCAGAGGAACUUCACCCGCGGCCGCCGCACGCAGCAAGUCGCGGGCGCGUGCCUGUACAUCGUGUGCAGACAAGAGUCGCGGCCGUACAUGUUGAUCGACUUCAGCGACGUGGUGCAGACCAACGUCUACGUCCUCGGCGCGGUGUUCUUACAGCUGUGCCGGCUCCUUCGACUCGAGCAGCACCCGCUGAUUUCGAAACCGAUCGACCCGAGCCUGUUCAUUCACAGGUUCGCGGAUAAGUUGAACCUCGGGCGACGCAUGCACGCGGUGGCGAACACGGCGUUGAGACUGGUGGCGUCGAUGAAGCGCGAUUGGAUGCAGACGGGGCGGCGGCCGUCCGGGGUGUGCGGCGCCGCGCUGUGGGUCGCCGCGCUGCUUCACGGGUACGAGCGCUCCAAGCGCGACGUCGUCGCGGUCGUGCACGUCGGCGAGGCGACGCUCAGGAAGCGCGUGAGCGAGUUUGAGAACACGCCGAGCGCGCAGCUUUCGAUCGACGAGUUUGACGCGAGGGCGAAAGAUUUAGAGAAGGAACAAGCGCAGCUCGGGGACAGCGGCGCGACGCUGCUUCUGGGGGACGCGUCCACGAAGACGAUGACGUGCGUGCACAAAGACCACGAGGGCGCCGCGCACUUCGCGCACGGGAUGUGCCGGAUGUGCUACGUCGAAUACGCGCGAGUCUCCGGAGGGUCGCGCGGCGGCGAGGACCCGCCCGCGUUUCAAGCCGCGGAGCAACGCAGAGAGAAGGAGCUCAACGCCGCCGCGAAGGCGCUCCCCGCGCCGGAGAAGCUGCUCGCGCUCCCCGCGCCGCCCGAGACGGCGGCGACGGGCGCGCUGCCGCUCGCGCUGAGGGGGGCGAGAAUGCGCGCGGGGAAAAGAAUGACAGCCUCGGCGACGGCGGCGGCGAUCGAAGCCACGUUGAGAGCCGCGAACGGUCCGCCGCCGCCUAAGAAGGGCGCGUCGAGGAGCGACCCGAUGCUCGAGGCGGAGAUGGAGAACGCGCUGAACGACCGCACGUCGCACCUCGGUGAGUUUGCCGUGAUGACGGGGUUGAGGAGCGGGAAAGGGAGCUCCGCCGCCGCCGCCGCCGCCGCCGCCGCGAACGUCGCGGACGUCGCGGAAGUCGCGGGGAAGAAAACCGAGAUCGUGGAAGCGUCCGUCUCCGGCAAAGGAACCUCGAGCGAGAAGAACGGAGAGAAAGAACCCGAGGGCGUCGGCCCCGAGGUUGCGGAAGCCGCGGUGGAGCUCCUGAAACACCUCGUCGGGGAGGCGCACGCGAACAAACACUGCCUGCCGCUAAAAAAAGACGGCACCGCGCGCGGGUGGGUCACCGGGAAGCACCUCUCGUCUUCGCACCCCGCGGCGAAGAAAGACCCGAAAGGGAUCGGCGGCGGCGGGCGCGUCGCGGGCGCGGACAAGACGCAGCUGCACUUUUUAAUCGCCGCCGGGUGCUUCGACUCGAGCGCCAUCGCGCGACUGAAAAAGUACAGCAAGCACGACGUCGCGCGCUUCGCCGCCACCCCGCUGCCGAUGAAGGCGCACGAGAUCAUGCCGCCUCCGCCGUCGCGAGCGCCGCGAGGAGGGGCGGCGGCGGCGGCGGCGGGCGGCGGCGCGAAGGGUGCGGACGACGUCGAGAACGAGGAAGAGGAGGAGGAGAACGACGAGCCGGAGACGUUUUCCGACGUCGACGACGACGAGGUCGCCGGGUUCAUCCACACCGCGGAGGAGGUGAAACUGCGGAAGGUCAUCUGGUCCGAGCUGAACCGGGACUACCUCGAGACGCAGGCGGCGAAGGAGGCGAUCCUCGCCGCGGCGCCGAAACCGCCGCCCGGGAGCGAAGACGCGGACGGGAAGAAGAAGAAGCAGCGGAAGAAGUACACGCACGCGACGCCCGCGGACACCGCCGCGGAGGCGGCGCAGCAGAUGCUCUCGUCGAAGAAAAUUUCGAGCAAGAUCAACUACGACGCGCUGAACGAUUUGUUCAAGCAAGACGCGCAUCAGGAAGCGAGCGAGGCGAAGGCGAAGGCCAAGGCCAAGGCGGCGUCCGCGGAAGCCGCCGCCGCGCCGGCGCCGGCGGCGAAGGCGAAGGGAGGCGGCGGCGUCGGAGGCGCCGCCGCGCGCGCGACGGCGGCGGCGACGGCGACGGCGACGGCGAACGCGAACGCGAACGCGAACGCGAACGCGACAUCGAACGCGCGGCCGACGCUCGGCGGCGGGAUCCGCUCGUCGCGGCUCCCGAGCUUGGGAGAGGGCGGCCUGGGCGCAUUGGGCGGGUUGGGCCUGAGCCGGGGCGGCGCGGGGAAGCGCGGGCUGGGCGGCGGCGGGCUCGGGAGUCGUCUCGCCGCCGCGUCCGGCGCGAACGUCGUCGGCGCGGACGCGGCCGGCGGCGGCGCGGCGGGGGAGGCGCCGCCGGCGAGCCCGGCGAGGAAGCGCGCGACGCCCGCGGCGGGGAAGAAACCGCCGCCGGCGAGCCCGGCGAAGAAGCCCGCGGCGGCGCCGAAAAAGCCGGCGCCGGCGGCGAAAGAGAAAGAGCCCCCCGCCGCGCCCGCGCCGAGAUCGACGCGCGGUCGCGGCACCGCGGCCGAUCCCGGGGCGACGAAGGCGGCGAAGAUGAAGGCGAAGGCGCCGCCCGCCGCGCCCGCGCGCGCGAGCAAACGCGCGAAGAAGUGAUGAAGCCGAGCCGAGGCGCGAGGCGGAGCGAUGGAUUGCGAUUUUCGAUUUUUAGCAUUUUUGCGCGCCGAGCGCGUUCGUGGAUUUCACGUCGUAUAGAUACGCA